UAUAAGAGACUGGUCGUUCCCAGUAAGUGCUCAGUUAGGCCAAGAUCGUUCGAGGGAGUUCCAUCGCCAACUCCGUUCAAACGGCCGCUGGAAACGCAUCGGUAAAUCUAUUAACAAGCGGAUUUCGCGCGGGUCUUAUUAUUCUUCAAAAUGCGUGAAUGCAUAUCCGUCCACGUAGGACAGGCGGGAGUACAAAUCGGAAAUGCCUGCUGGGAGCUGUAUUGCUUGGAGCACGGUAUCCAACCUGAUGGACAAAUGCCAUCAGACAAGAUACUCGGGGGCGGUGACGACAGCUUUAACACCUUCUUUAGCGAAACCGGCGCCGGGAAACACGUACCCAGAGCUGUUUUUGUCGAUCUUGAACCGACCGUCGUGGAUGAGGUGCGUACGGGGACGUACCGGCAACUCUUCCAUCCAGAGCAGCUGAUAACCGGCAAGGAGGACGCCGCCAACAAUUAUGCGCGUGGCCACUAUACGAUCGGUAAAGAAAUCGUGGACCUGGUCCUGGAUCGUAUUCGCAAGCUGGCGGAUCAGUGCACGGGGCUGCAGGGUUUCCUGAUAUUUCAUUCGUUCGGCGGCGGUACCGGUUCCGGCUUCACAUCCUUGUUGAUGGAACGACUAUCGGUAGAUUACGGGAAAAAGUCGAAACUUGAGUUCGCGAUUUAUCCAGCGCCCCAGGUGUCCACGGCCGUUGUCGAGCCGUACAACUCGAUCCUCACGACGCACACCACCCUCGAGCACUCCGACUGCGCGUUCAUGGUAGACAACGAGGCCAUAUAUGACAUCUGCAGACGUAAUUUGGACAUCGAACGGCCGACUUACACCAAUUUGAACCGCUUGAUAGGCCAGAUCGUGUCCUCGAUUACGGCCUCGUUGCGCUUCGAUGGCGCGCUCAACGUCGAUCUGACGGAAUUCCAAACGAAUCUGGUACCCUAUCCCAGAAUUCAUUUCCCUCUGGUCACCUACGCUCCCGUAAUAUCUGCGGAGAAGGCUUAUCACGAGCAGCUUUCUGUCGCCGAGAUAACGAACGCCUGUUUUGAACCCGCGAAUCAGAUGGUCAAGUGUGACCCUCGGCACGGAAAGUACAUGGCAUGCUGCAUGCUCUAUAGAGGUGACGUAGUACCGAAGGACGUCAACGCGGCAAUCGCAACUAUUAAGACCAAGCGCAGCAUCCAAUUUGUCGAUUGGUGCCCCACGGGAUUCAAGGUCGGUAUCAAUUAUCAGCCGCCUACCGUCGUACCCGGCGGCGAUCUCGCCAAGGUGCAGCGUGCCGUCUGCAUGUUAUCCAACACGACGGCGAUCGCCGAGGCUUGGGCGAGGCUCGAUCACAAAUUUGAUCUUAUGUAUGCAAAGAGAGCCUUCGUGCACUGGUACGUCGGCGAGGGGAUGGAGGAGGGCGAGUUUUCAGAGGCACGGGAGGAUCUCGCCGCACUGGAGAAAGACUACGAAGAAGUCGGUAUGGACUCCACCGACGGCGAGGGAGACGGUGCGGAGGAAUACUAACGAUCGAGGAUCAAGAUUCCUACUUCUGUCUCAAUUCGUAUUUUUCAUAUAUUUAUACUACGACGCUUGCCACUUGUCGCGAAUUUUUCUCUUAUCCGAUUUUGUAACGCAAUCCGAAGCGACUUACUGCGAUGAUAACUUUACCCACCGCUUUUCUAUCUAAUCCCGAUCCGAUGAUAUGUAGAAUCUUCGACAUGAGAAGCAUAUUUAUAUCCCUACAAUUUGUCACUUGGUAUUGCUCGAAGAAAUAAAAUAACUACCGAGAAAUAUAAGCACAUCUAAAAA